ACUAACAAAAGCACAUAACACAGUACAGGAAGGCUGUAAGCUCUGCCCUGCCUGCCAGUGGCACAUCAUGAAACUCUACAUAAGUCUCCUACUCUGCAACCUCCUAUCUGCUGCCUCUAAACCUCCCACGAUCGUGGAGGAGCUGACCUGUGCCACCGGGGAUGGCAGUGCCUACAGGGGAACCAUCUCCGUGACAGGAUCAGGGAAGACCUGCCAGCUCUGGGCCUCUCAGAAUCCACACAAGCAUUCCAGGACGCCAGAGAACUACCCAUGCAAGGGGCUUAAAUCGAAUUACUGCAGAAAUCCUGACAAUGAGACAAUGCCUUGGUGCUACACGACGGACCCCGGCACUCGAUGGGAGUACUGCAAGGUGCCGACCUGUGGAAAUGAGCCUGUCCCAGCCUCUAACCCUCCCACGAUCGUGGAGGAGCUGACCUGUGCCACCGGGGAUGGCAGUGCCUACAGGGGAACCAUCUCCGAGACAGAAUCGGGGAAGACCUGCCAGCUCUGGGCCUCUCAGAAUCCACACGAGCAUUCCAGGACGCCAGAGAACUACCCGUGCAAGGGGCUUAAAUCAAAUUACUGCAGAAAUCCUGACAAUGAGACAAUGCCUUGGUGCUACACGACGGACCCCGGCACUCGAUGGGAGUACUGCAAGGUGCCGACCUGUGGAAAUGAGCCUGUCCCAGGUACCUCUAACCCUCCCACGAUCGUGGAGGAGCUGACCUGUGCCACCGGGGAUGGCAGUGCCUACAGGGGAACCAUCUCCGAGACAGAAUCGGGGAAGACCUGCCAGCUCUGGGCCUCUCAGAAUCCACACGAGCAUUCCAGGACGCCAGAGAACUACCCGUGCAAGGGGCUUAAAUCGAAUUACUGCAGAAAUCCUGACAAUGAGAGAAUGCCUUGGUGCUACACGAUGGACCCCGGCACUCGAUGGGAGUACUGCAAGGUGCCGACCUGUGGAAAUGAGCCUGUCCCAGCCUCUAACCCUCCCACGAUCGUGGAGGAGCUGACCUGUGCCACCGGGGAUGGCAGCGCCUACAGGGGAACCAUCUCCGAGACAGAAUCGGGGAAGACCUGCCAGCUCUGGGCCUCUCAGGAUCCACACGAGCAUUCCAGGACGCCAGAGAACUACCCGUGCAAGGGGCUUAAAUCGAAUUACUGCAGAAAUCCUGACAAUGAGACAAUGCCUUGGUGCUACACGACGGACCCCGGCACUCGAUGGGAGUACUGCAAGGUGCCGACCUGUGGAAAUGAGCCUGUCCCAGCCUCUAAACCUCCCACGAUCAUGGAGGAGCUGACCUGUGCCACCGGGGAUGGCAGUGCCUACAGGGGAACCAUCUCCGAGACAGAAUCGGGGAAGACCUGCCAGCUCUGGGCCUCUCAGAAUCCACACGAGCAUUCCAGGACACCAGAGAACUACCCGUGCAAGGGGCUUAAAUCAAAUUACUGCAGAAAUCCUGACAAUGAGACAAUGCCUUGGUGCUACACGACGGACCCCGGCACUCGAUGGGAGUACUGCAAGGUGCCGUCCUGUGGAAAUGAGCCUGUCCCAGCCUCUAAACCUCCCACGAUCAUGGAGGAGCUGACCUGUGCCACCGGGGAUGGCAGUGCCUACAGGGGAACCAUCUCCGAGACAGAAUCGGGGAAGACCUGCCAGCUCUGGGCCUCUCAGAAUCCACACGAGCAUUCCAGGACACCAGAGAACUACCCGUGCAAGGGGCUUAAAUCGAAUUACUGCAGAAAUCCUGACAAUGAGACAAUGCCUUGGUGCUACACGACGGACCCCGGCACUCGAUGGGAGUAUUGCAGGGUGCCGACCUGUGGAAAUGAGCCUGUCCCAGCCGGUCUGAAGUGCGGACAGGCCAAGGUGAAGCCUGGGAAGUGCUUUAACCGAAUUGUUGGAGGAUGUGAAUCCAAGCCCCACUCCUGGCCCUGGCAAAUCAGCCUCCGAACCAACUCCCACCAGCACUUCUGCGGAGGGACACUGAUCAAGCCACAGUGGGUGGUGACUGCUGCACAUUGCCUGGAAUCACCUCAUCCAGCUGCCUACAAGGUGUAUCUUGGAACACACACACAGAAAGCCAAUGAGGCAUCAAAGCAAGUACGAGACGUCAAAAAGUUGAUUCUGGAACCCAGAAAUUUAGAUAUUGCGCUGCUCAAACUAGACAGCCCCGCCAUCAUAAAUGACAUGGUGAUGCCUGCCUGCUUGCCUGAGAAGGACUACAUUGUGCCGCAUUUGGCUGAGUGCCACGCGACCGGGUGGGGUGAAACCCAAGGCACUGGUGGGGACGGGGUGCUGAAGCAGUCCCGUCUCCCUGUUAUCGAAAACAAAGUGUGCAACCGCCCUGCGUACCUCUCCGGACGAGUGAGGGACCAUGAGAUGUGCGCGGGGUACAUCGAGGGAGGCACUGACACCUGCCAGGGUGACAGCGGUGGUCCCCUGGUCUGCCAUUCGGAUAACACCUUCGUCUUACAGGGAGUGACAUCAUGGGGUAAGGGCUGUGCCAAGCCCAUGAAGCCGGGGGUGUACACUAGAGUCUCAAAAUUUGUGGACUGGAUAGCAGAAGAGAUCAAGAAUAAUUCCUCUGAACCUCCCACGAUCGUGGAGGAGCUGACCUGUGCCUGCGGGGAUGGCAGUACCUACAGGGGAACCAUCUCCAAGACAGAAUCGGGGAAGACCUGCCAGCUCUGGGCCUCUCAGGAUCCACACGAGCAUUCCAGGACACCAGAGAACUACCCGUGCAAGGGGCUUAAAUCGAAUUACUGCAGAAAUCCUGACAAUGAGAGAAUGCCUUGGUGCUACACGACGGACCCCGGCACUCGAUGGGAGUACUGCAAGUUGCCGACCUGUGGAAAUGAGCCUGUCCCAGCCUCUGAACCUCCCACGAUCGUGGAGGAGCUGACCUGUGCCUGCGGGGAUGGAAGUACCUACAGGGGAACCAUCUCCGUGACAGAAUCGGGGAAGACCUGCCAGCUCUGGGCCUCUCAGAAUCCACACAAGCAUUCCAGGACGCCAGAGAACUACGCGUGCAAGGGGCUUAAAUCGAAUUACUGCAGAAAUCCUGACAAUGAGAGAAUGCCUUGGUGCUACACGACGGACCCCGGCACUCGAUGGGAGUACUGCAAGUUGCCGACCUGUGGAAAUGAGCCUGUCCCAGCCUCUGAACCUCCCACGAUCUUGGAGGAGUUGACCUGUGCCACCGGGGAUGGCAGUGCCUACAGGGGAACCAUCUCCGAGACAGAAUCGGGGAAGACCUGCCAGCUCUGGGCCUCUCAGAAUCCACACGAGCAUUCCAGGACGCCAGAGAACUACCCGUGGAAGGGGCUUACAUCGAAUUACUGCAGAAAUCCUGACAAUGAGAGAAUGCCUUGGUGCUACACGACGGACCCCGGCACUCGAUGGGAGUACUGCAAGUUGCCAACCUGUGGAAAUGAGCCAAUCCCAGCGUCUGAACCUCCCACGAUCUUGGAGGAGUUGACCUGUGCCACCGGGGAUGGCAGUGCCUACAGGGGAACCAUCUCCGAGACAGAAUCGGGGAAGACCUGCCAGCUCUGGGCCUCUCAGAAUCCACACGAGCAUUCCAGGACUCCAGAGAAUUACCCGUGGAAGGGGCUUACAUCGAAUUACUGCAGAAAUCCUGACAAUGAGAGAAUGGCUUGGUGCUACACGACGGACCCCGGCACUCGAUGGGAGUACUGCCAGUUGCCAACCUGUGGAAAUGAGUCUGUCCCAGCCUCUGAAGCUCCCACAAUCUUGGAGGAGUUGACCUGUGCCACCGGGGAUGGCAGUGCCUACAGGGGAACCAUCUCCGAGACAGAAUCGGGCAAGACCUGCCAGCUCUGGGCCUCUCAGAAUCCACACGAGCAUUCCAGGACUCCAGAGAAUUACCCGUGGAAGGGGCUUACAUCGAAUUACUGCAGAAAUCCUGACAAUGAGAGAAUGGCUUGGUGCUACACGACGGACCCCGGCACUCGAUGGGAGUACUGCAAGUUACCGACCUGUGGAAAUGAGCCUGUCCCAGCUCCCACAAUCUUGGAGGAGUUGACCUGUGCCACCGGGGAUGGCAGUGCCUACAGGGGAACCAUCUCCGAGACAGAAUCGGGGAAGACCUGCCAGCUCUGGGCCUCUCAGAAUCCCCACAAGCAUUCCAGGACGCCAGAGAACUACCCGUGGAAGGGGCUUACAUCGAAUUACUGCAGAAAUCCUGACAAUGAGAGAAUGCCUUGGUGCUACACGACGGACCCCGGUACUCGAUGGGAGUACUGCAGGUUGCCGACCUGUGGAAAUGAGCCUGUCCCAGCCUCUGAACCUCCCACGAUCUUGGAGGAGUUGACCUGUGCCACCGGGGAUGGCAGUGCCUACAGGGGAACCAUCUCCGAGACAGAAUCGGGGAAGACCUGCCAGCUCUGGGCCUCUCAGAAUCCACACGAGCAUUCCAGGACUCCAGAGAAUUACCCGUGGAAGGGGCUUACAUCGAAUUACUGCAGAAAUCCUGACAAUGAGAGAAUGGCUUGGUGCUACACGACGGACCCCGGCACUCGAUGGGAGUACUGCAAGUUACCGACCUGUGGAAAUGAGCCUGUCCCAGGUACUCCCACAAUCUUGGAGGAGUUGACCUGUGCCACCGGGGAUGGCAGUGGCUACAGGGGAACCAUCUCCGAGACAGAAUCGGGGAAGACCUGCCAGCUCUGGGCCUCUCAGAAUCCACACGAGCAUUCCAGGACACCAGAGAACUACCCGUGGAAGGGGCUUACAUCGAAUUACUGCAGAAAUCCUGACAAUGAGAGAAUGCCUUGGUGCUACACGACGGACCCCGGCACUCGAUGGGAGUACUGCAAGUUGCCGACCUGUGGAAAUGAGCCUGUCCCAGCCACUGAAGCUCCCACAAUCUUGGAGGAGUUGACCUGUGCCACCGGGGAUGGCAGUGGCUACAGGGGAACCAUCUCCGAGACAGAAUCGGGGAAGACCUGCCAGCUCUGGGCCUCUCAGAAUCCACACGAGCAUUCCAGGACACCAGAGAACUACCCGUGGAAGGGGCUUACAUCGAAUUACUGCAGAAAUCCUGACAAUGAGAGAAUGCCUUGGUGCUACACGACGGACCCCGGCACUCGAUGGGAGUACUGCAAGUUGCCGACCUGUGGAAAUGAGCCUGUCCCAGCUCCCACGAUCUUGGAGGAGUUGACCUGUGCCACCGAGGAUGGCAGUGCCUACAGGGGAACCAUCUCCGAGACAGAAUCAAGGAAGACCUGCCAGCUCUGGGCCUCUCAGAAUCCCCACAAGCAUUCCAGGACGCCAGAGAACUACCCGUGGAAGGGGCUUACAUCGAAUUACUGCAGAAAUCCUGACAAUGAGAGAAUGGCUUGGUGCUACACGACGGAUCCCGGCACUCGAUGGGAGUACUGCAAGUUGCCGACCUGUGGAAAUGAGCCUGUCCCAGCCUCUGAACCUCCCACGAUCUUGGAGGAGUUGACCUGUGCCACCGGGGAUGGCAGUGCCUACAGGGGAACCAUCUCCGAGACAGAAUCGGGGAAGACCUGCCAGCUCUGGGCCUCUCAGAAUCCACACGAGCAUUCCAGGACUCCAGAGAAUUACCCGUGGAAGGGGCUUACAUCGAAUUACUGCAGAAAUCCUGACAAUGAGAGAAUGGCUUGGUGCUACACGACGGACCCCGGCACUCGAUGGGAGUACUGCAAGUUGCCGACCUGUGGAAAUGAGCCUGUCCCAGCCUCUGAAGCUCCCACAAUCUUGGAGGAGUUGACCUGUGCCACCGGGGAUGGCAGUGCCUACAGGGGAACCAUCUCCGAGACAGAAUCGGGCAAGACCUGCCAGCUCUGGGCCUCUCAGAAUCCACACGAGCAUUCCAGGACUCCAGAGAAUUACCCGUGGAAGGGGCUUACAUCGAAUUACUGCAGAAAUCCUGACAAUGAGAGAAUGGCUUGGUGCUACACGACGGACCCCGGCACUCGAUGGGAGUACUGCAAGUUACCGACCUGUGGAAAUGAGCCUGUCCCAGCUCCCACAAUCUUGGAGGAGUUGACCUGUGCCACCGGGGAUGGCAGUGGCUACAGGGGAACCAUCUCCGAGACAGAAUCGGGGAAGACCUGCCAGCUCUGGGCCUCUCAGAAUCCACACGAGCAUUCCAGGACACCAGAGAACUACCCGUGGAAGGGGCUUACAUCGAAUUACUGCAGAAAUCCUGACAAUGAGAGAAUGCCUUGGUGCUACACGACGGACCCCGGCACUCGAUGGGAGUACUGCAAGUUGCCGACCUGUGGAAAUGAGCCUGUCCCAGCCUCUGAAGCUCCCACGAUCUUGGAGGAGUUGACCUGUGCCACCGGGGAUGGCAGUGCCUACAGGGGAACCAUCUCCGAGACAGAAUCGGGGAAGACCUGCCAGCUCUGGGCCUCUCAGAAUCCACACGAGCAUUCCAGGACUCCAGAGAAUUACCCGUGGAAGUGA